AUGACAAGUCUUCUCAAGGGCCUGCAAAGGCUCUACUCCCUCGAUACUCUCGACACACGCCUGACCGUGUCCUCCAGCACACCCAUUAAAGCCUCGCAGCAACCGGCCACGCGCGAUGCGCGAGCUCAACAGAUCGCUGCCGGCGCCCAGCCGUCCAAAUGGAAUACCCCAGAAUUCUACUUUUACUACUUUGUGUUUCUCACAGUGGUGCCCAUGAUGUUUAAGACUGUCAUUGAUGUGUCACAGGUUGACCAUCCAGCGUACUCUACUUACGCCGAUGAACUAUCUCCGGGAUGGAUUCCGGGACGCAAAGUGGACAACUCCGAUGCCCAAUAUGCUAGCUUUCGCGAUAAUAUACCCUACCUUAUUCUACUCCUCAUGAUUCACCCCCUCCUCCGCCGAGUCUAUAACUACUUCAAUCCCAUCACAACGGCUUCGGGAGAAGGACGCGCAUCCGCCGCCGUAACUGCAGACGCCCGACUAAAACAGCGGACUGUCUAUGACUUCAAUUUCGCCAUUUUAUUCCUGAUUGGACUGCAUGGAAUAUCUGUCUUCAAAAUAUUACUCAUUCUCUUUGUAAACUACAAAAUUGCCAAGGGUCUUCCGCGAUCAUAUAUUCCAGCGGCAACGUGGGGGUUUAACUUGGUUGUUUUGUUUGCCAAUGAGCUGUGCGACGGAUAUCCCUUGGCUAGCAUGGCGAAAUUCUUCGUCUCUGCAGAGGUUUUGUCCGGAGAAAGAACUCCUACUUUGAUUUCGUGGGGGGAAUUCCUGGAUGGGUUUGGUGGUCUGAUGGCGCGGUGGCAGAUUCUAUUUAAGUUUACCAUUCUACGCCUGAUCAGUUUCAAUAUGGACUACUACUGGAGUCUUGACUAUCCAUCCGAAAGUCCCAUCGAGAAGAAGCAAAUCGACCCAGCAUCGCUGUCAGAACGAGACCGCCUCCAGAUCCCGGCAGACCCGUCCUCAUACAACGGCUUGUAUUACGCUGCAUAUGUGCUUUACUCCCCACUGUACUUGUCAGGACCAAUUGUCACCUUCAACGACUACAUAUCGCAGCAGCGGUAUCCAUCAGCAGCGCUAACACCAGCGCGAAACUUCCUGUACUGCAUCCGCUUCUGCCUCAAUUUACUCUGCAUGGAGCUUGUUCUGCACUUCAUCUACGCAGUCGCCAUCUCCAAAUCGACCACGGAUUGGUCAAUCUACACCCCCGGCCAGCUCAGCAUGCUAGGCUACUUCAAUCUGCACAUCAUCUGGUUGAAACUCCUGAUUCCGUGGCGCUUUUUCCGGCUCUGGGCGCUAUUCGACGGCAUCGACCCGCCUGAGAACAUGGUACGUUGCAUGUCGAAUAACUAUUCGGCGCUCGCUUUCUGGCGCGCGUGGCAUCGGUCUUACAAUCGCUGGGUUGUGCGAUAUCUCUACGUCCCACUAGGCGGUAGUCGAGCUCCUUCUUCUCCUUCUAGCGCUGAAUCUGGUUCCAAAUCAUCACCAGCAGCAGCCAAGACGCAGUCCAAAAAACCAUCAACCAUCCUCACCCGCCUCCGUGGCAUCAUCAACCAACUCAUCGUCUUCACCUUCGUAGCCGUCUGGCACGACAUCAACCUCCGACUGCUCAUGUGGGGAUGGCUCAUCACAUUAUUCGUCCUGCCCGAAGUCAUCGGCACACUACUAUUCCCAGCCUCGCGCUGGCAAUCCUCGCACCCAGACGCAUACCGCAUACUCUGCGGUAUUGGAGCCUUGGUCAACAUCCUGCCCUUGAUGGCAGCGAACUUGGUUGGUUUUGCUGUGGGACUGGAUGGAUUGAAAGGGUUGCUGGCGGGGAUAUUUAGUUCGUGGACCGGCGUGGUUUUCAUGCUUGGUGCUUGUGGCGCGCUUUUUGUCGGUGUUCAGGUCAUGUUUGAGAUUAGGGAGAGCGAGAAGAGGAAGGGGAUCAAGUUGAAUUAUUAA